GUGUGGUAUUGUUAACUGAAGAUAGACGUUUCGCUAAAUUACCGAAUUACCGAAUAACGUAUCUGGUCUCAUGGAUAUAUAAAUAAUACUGCGCCGAGAGCUGGGAUAUAUCAAAUCUAGCCGAAUGUUUUGUACGAUAUUUUAGAUAUUUUUGAAAAGUAAGCGCGCAGAUUCAUUGUGGAUUAAACAUUUGGAGUACAUACAAUGAUUUUUAUAUACAAGGACACUUUUGUGAAAAGCCGAUGGAAUAUAUAAAACGAGCUAUUAAAGGCAUUCAGUCGCGAUACUUUUUCAGAAAUAGAAUUUUUUGAAAUUAAAAAAAGGAAAGUCAAAAAUACACACAACAUGUUCCGGCAAUUCAAAAGACCAUAUCGGAGUAAUAUAUGGCGGCACGGGUUAUAUUAUAGCUGUAUUGUGAUAUUAUUUUUUCUGUUUAUGAAUAUUAUGGCAUUUCAACGGAAUUGCGCCGACUUAGAAGGGGAAAACAACAUCGAUCCGGGAGGCACGACUUUCGUGUCUAAUCUAGGAAAUGGUGACAUAAAAAACAAUGUCUUUCAGGAAAGGAAAUUGAAUUCUCGUAAAAGUCAGAAGGUUGUGUUCAAAAAUAAAUUAAGAAAGUUAAUGGAUAUACUGGAGAGCAAUUUAGAGAAAACCUUUCCUAACGACGCUCCGGAAAUUUCUUUCGAGAAGUAUUUUCCUGAUCGACAGCUGUACUGUGAUGAUAUUGCAAACAUAUCCGACAUGACUUACAUGGCGUCUGGCUGGACAAAAGCGGUAUAUAAAGGAUUAUAUAAAGGGACACCUGUCGCCAUAAAGACAAUUGAUGUGAAAGGUCAAGAUGUAACAACUUGUAUGAGUACAGGAAUGUCUCAGUCAGCAUGCUAUGUGAAAGCAGCUAAGAAGAUUGUAAAAGAGAUUGUGAUAUUACAAGCAUUAGCCGGGGAAAAUGUAUUGAAGGUGCUUGGCUUUUGUCUCCCUAGUAAUGCAGACGACAAUCAAUUUGUUGCCAUGGUAACGGAAUUAGGAGAAGCCGUGGAUUUAAUAAGAUUGCUACAGAUGUCAUGGGAAGACAGACUUAAAGUAUGUUUAGAUAUAACAAGGAUUGUUGACUUCAUGAAGAGAACACCGUACGGUUCCAUGUCAAUGAACGACUUCCGGCGGCAACAGUUUGUGUUAGUUCGUGGCAAUUUGAAACUUUCCGACGUAGACGACACAGAGUUUGAAGAUCCUCAUUGUCGAAACUCAAACGAGUGUGACAUCACAUUUUCAAGCGCUAAUUUUUCUCAAAAAAGCCUAUGUCAACAUCGAAGAUGUGUUCAAUAUAAUGAAAAGAGAAACUUGUUUAAUGCUGGUCGCCAUUUUGUGACAAUCCUGCUGCCCCACGGUGCACCUCUCCGUCUUCAGCCAAUCAUAAACAGUGUUAUGAACGGAUAUACUAAUUUAACUAUGACGUCAGAAGAGCUACUUAGCCAAAUGAAUAAAAUCGUGACUCUGUAUAAGUCGGGCUGGUAUCUAAACAGAUCAAAAUCAAUAUCCAAACACCGAUUACAUUACAAAAAAUUAGAACAUACAGAUCUUCCGGGGCAAUAUGAUUAUCGGUGCCGGUUAUCCCUUUCCAUGGCAACAUGCACGGUGUCUGUGUUCGAUCUACAAGAGGCCGAAGAUUUGUGCAAUAGUGACCAAGAUUGCAAAGGAUUUGUUGUCGCACAGCAAACAACUUGGUCAGGUCGACAUGUGAUACAUUUGAAGAAUGGUAUAGGGGCGCCAUCUAUACGUCCAAACACAACUUUAUAUAUUAAACCAACAGCAUUAUGAAUGUUUAGUUACCUGUAUUAUAAAUGAUUGUCAUUUAUAAAAUGAUAGUUUGAAAUAUAUACACAGUUUUUGAUACAUAUCAUGCUGAUAAUGUCGCGAACGAAGAGUGUGAUAAAAGUGAUUCUUUCAACAGUAUUCUUAAAGACAAUGUGAUACUAGACAUAGUCGGGCAAUAGAGUUUUAUUAGUGUACUGUUUUUCUUGUAUUCCACAAUACACAAACGAAAUCCUUGACAAUUAGUGAUGUACAGACUCAAUCAAACAGAGUCUGCAAUUUUAUCUAAUUUUGUUGUGAUAAAUGCUUCCGAGUGAUCACCCUUUUUCCAGAUUAGUAAAUUUUUAAUUUAUAAUUUCUCUAAUAAUAUGAUAUUUUCUUGACAAAAUGUAUUUGUAGUGGUUACAUGUAUUUCUGUACAAGCAGAUAUUUUAGAAACAUGUUUACAAAGGUUUAUUAAUAAGGAUUAAGAUCAGUCUAAAGUUUUACAUUUCAAAAUAGUCUUUAGUUUAUGCUCAUAAAUUUGAUACAAACUUGACAAAUUUUCGUGUAAAACCUGAUGACGCUUUCGGGAGAGAAAAAAGUAGAUUUUUUUUAAAUAUGACUUCACAUAUUGAGCAGGAAUUGUUUAUAUUGUCAUCAAUAUACUUUUUAAUUUAUUUUAUUAUUUAUGGAAUCUUACGCUUAUGAUAUCUGCUUAUUAUAUGCCAAUUUGCAGUAUUUUAUGAGUUCCAAAUUGAAUCAAAGUCUUUGUGUCUGAUUAUAAUGCAAUGCAGAUAAAAUCAGGAUCCCGGCUUUUUUAUUUCUUUGUGAACAUGGCUUCAAAAGUGAGACUUUAAAUAAGCAUUAUUGUUGAGUAAAUUAAUUGCAAAAUAAUCGCUGAAUAUCCAAUUCAGUAUUUUGCUGUUAUUUAUAGGAUCGAUGGUAUAAAGGGUAAAUAUUUUGUACUAUUUCUUAUAAAAGAAUUGUGAGAUAAUAAUAAUAAUGAGUUGAACCGCUCUUAAACUGGUCGGAUAGCAUGAAAUGCAUUUAUGAAUUUUACUAUUGUUUUAUUAUUAUUCAACUUGUUACUUAUCUUACAUACUCGAGGUUGUUAUGUAAGAAUUUUCUUUAAAAGAACUAUAUGGUUGUCAUUAUUAUAUGAAUAUAAUAUAAGAAUAUUGUGGUUUAAAACAUGUAACAAAAGCACAUGUUAAAUUCAGUUUUUAUUACUGAAUAUGUGAUGAAAACUGUUUGUUGCUAUGUUAAAAUGUUACAUAAAUUCAAAAUUGUAUGUAUAAAGAUUUAA